AUGAAGUUGCGCGGCUUGGACACCAUUGAUGAAGAACACUUGAACAUGGAAGUUAGGAACUGCGUGAACAGUAAAUACGCGCUGCAGCCCACGGCAUGCACAACAACCAUCCUUGUCCCCUGUAGCCCGCCGAAUCCCGAACUGAACAUACCUUGCGGGCCCAGAGAUGGCCUAUACCAGGCGAAAGAUUGGGACCUUGGUGGAAAGGACUAUGAGUCAAAUGGUGCUAUCACCCGUGCUUUGAAGAAUCAGGGUCCAAAGCAGCCAUCAGGCUCAUCGGGUGCUCUCCGUUCUUUGUUCUCCCGUUUGACACGGUCCAAAGCGUUAACCGAACAAGAUUUGAAGCCUGUACCGGAGGGGAUGAAACAACAUCUUAUGAAGAAAUAUGUCGCCAUGGAAAUUGCGGACAAGGUUUGCGAAGGCGUAGGGGGAGGGGGUGUCUUGUGGGGAAGAAAGUUGGAGGUUUCCAAAGUAUGCCGCGUCUUGCAUCUUUAUGUCCCGUGUUUUGACGCAGUUUUAGCCACCAGCAAUCCCGUUCGGACAGUCAUUGUCGUUCACACGUAUUCUGACGCCCGGGACGUCAACAAACGUGUUAUUGUCAAUCAGGACUAAACUUUCUUCCCCCUGCCUUCAGCUCAACAAAGGAUGCCUUAUAGCAUCACCUUUGUGAGUGUGAAUGGCGUGGGGAGGGGCACAAACUUAUCAAAAGCCUGUUUUUGGCUCGUCCAAAACGGUUUGCAAGUGCUUGUUACAG